AUGAGCGACGAUUCAACUCUCGAUAAAAGUUUGCUGAGGGUUCUCGAUAACAAAGCUAAGGGAACGGUUACAAUUUUUAACCGUGGAGACUUUUACACGCUUUACGAUGAUGAUGCCAAAUUGAUUGCCAAGGAGAUCUUCAUGAGCGAUGUUGGUGUGAGAAACUUCAAUCUUGGCGAUCGGACAAUCAACUACCAUAACCUUGGCCAGGCACAAUUUGUGAGAGUGGUACGAGAAGUGCUCACAAUUCUACGAUUUCGUCUAGAACUCUACGAGAAUGAAGACGGUGAUUGGACACUUAAAUCGAAGGGCACCCCAAUCAACUUUGGUGAUUUUGAGGAAUUGAUCGGAAGCGCCGACUCAGCAAUUGUUAUGGCUGUCAGAAUUGGGAUAACCCAAUCGGCUCAUGAUAACCAAUUAGCAAUCGCUUUUUGUGAUCCAAAUGAUUAUCGAAUCACGGUUGCUGAAUUCAACGACACGCAAAUGUUAUCUACAUUGGAGCAAUGCAUCAUUGGAAUGGCACCAAAAGAGACUCUUCAUGUUUGUCUAGCGGAUACUACGGAUGAAUACAACGACAAAGUGAAAAAGUUGCAACAAGUUUUGAAGCGAACCAAUGUUGAAGAAGUGGUUUAUAAAAGACACGAUCAAAAGUACAUUGAUGUGAAUGAAUUGUUCAAGAAGAAGAAUCCUUGCGAAGAGCUAAGCCCAGCCCUGAACGAAUGUGUUACGGCAUUGCUAAGCCAUUUGAAUUUUGUCGAGCAGGAGAUGAUGAAAAACAAGUUUCAGAUAUGCCACUACGGAACGGCAGGAUUUAUGCACUUAAACGCCGCAGCCGUGGAAGCUCUCGAAUUGUUUCAAGUAUCCCAUGGCCUAGAAAAGUCAGCGAAGAAAGAAACCCUUUUUGAUGUGAUGAACAAAUGUAAAACACUAUCUGGACAAAGGAUGCUUCGUGAAUGGAUAGCCCGUCCACUGUGUGAUUUGAGAAAGAUCGAAGAAAGACAGGAUGUAGUUUCGGCAUUAGUUCAAUCGGAUCAACAACGACAAUCUAUCCAAUCUCUUUUUGGACGACUUCCCGAUUUGAAUCAAUUGGCACAGCGCUUGCAUCAGAAUAGGGCAAAACUGCAGGAUUGUUUUCGCGUAUAUCAAUCAGUCCGAGUGUUAGGUCAACUAAAAAUUGAUCUGGAACAAGUUAUGGAACAAAGAAAAGAGUUUGCGAAUCAUGUACAAGAACUACUUUAUGAACCAAUUGCCGCAGCGUUGUUCCAAUUUGAGAAAUUUCGCGAGUUGAUCCGGGCUACUGUGGACGUUGAAUAUUUUGAACGAAUGGGAUCUUUUCGUGUCAAGCCGGACAUUGAUCCAGAUCUACUAAAGCUUUCCGAAGAAAUGGAUGUGCUUGAAAAGAAGUGCAAUCGGGCCCUGAACAAGGUGAGCGAGCGUUUGGGAACUGAUGCAAAGUUGGAUCGAAAUUCAACACAUGGAUUCUUCUUCCGAGUCACUUUGAAAGAAGAAAAAAGUCUUCGCAGCGAAAAACAUAUUACAAUUUUGGACACGAACAAAAUUAGCGGAGUAAGAUUCAGAGAUCCCCAGCUAGAGGAGUUAAACAACGAGUACCUUGAAAAGGAAAGGGUUUACGUAGCUGUACAAGCGGAACUUGAAAAGCAGGUCGUUGAAACGUGUUGCGGCUAUGCAUCGGCUCUUUCUUCACUUUCUACUGUGCUUUCGACGACUGAUGUUCUCACUGCGAUGGCAGCUCUUGCCUCAGAAUCUUCAAGCGUUUAUGUACGACCGAAACUUUUACCUAUGGAUUUGAAACAACGAAUGCUCGUAUUAACCGGAGCGAAUAUGGGCGGCAAGAGUACAUAUCUUCGAUCGGCGGCUCUUUGUGCUCUGAUGGCUCAAAUUGGAUCGUUUGUUCCCGCGAGUGAAGCUACCAUCUCAGUCCUUGAUGCCAUUUAUACGAGAGUUGGAGCGUCGGACCAACAGUGCAAAGGAAUUUCAACAUUUAUGGCGGAAAUGAUCGAUUCAGCGACAAUUCUUAAUGCAGCAACGUCAAAUUCGAUGGUGAUUGUUGACGAGCUUGGACGUGGGACAUCAACUUUUGACGGCUUCGGACUUGCCUGGUCGAUUGCUAGUGAGCUUUUAACAAAAGUGAAGUGCUUCUGCCUGUUCGCCACUCACUUUCACGAAAUGGCUGCUUUAUGUAACCUGGAAGGAGCAAAGGCUAUGCAGAUGAUGGUUCGUGCGGAUAGCGACAAAUUGAUUCUUUUAUACGAGGUGCGUGAAGGAGUGGCAGAAAAAAGUUUCGGCUUACAAGUUGCGAAAAUGGUUGGGUUCCCUGAGCACGUUCUUUUGGAUGCUAGAAACGUUUUGGAGCAACUGGAGACAGGGGAUUCAAUCGACGAGGAGCUGAAAAGACGGCUCAAAUCGGCAACGUCUCUAGAAGAAAUCAAAAAGGUUUUAUCGGUU